UGCGUCAAACAAACAUAUGAAAUCCAUGUGAAAAGAACUAGCCCUUUGAUGUGCUUUCCGCUGCAUAAAGCUCGGUGGGUGUUGAUCUUCAGCGUUCAGCAGAUUCUGGGAAAAGCGUCAAAUUGCAGUGGCACAACAGCUGAAGGCAUUAGCGGAGUGUAGCGGAGAGACUGUUCGGAGCAUCAUAUAAACUGGACGUCAAAAUGUUGGCCACGGCAGAGAACGGUGUUGAGAGGAGUAAGGACGCACCAUACAAUGGCAAGACGUUUCUGGUGACCGGGGCCAACAGUGGUGUCGGCUAUGGUAUAGUGCAACGUCUUUUGGAGCAAGCUCUGGAACCAAAUUCCGAAGAUGUCGUUAUCGUAAUGGCGUGCCGGAGUCGGCCAAAGGCAGAAGCAGCACGGCAAAAGCUGUUGGAGGAGUCGCAGACGGUGGCGGACGCCAAAGUGUCGCAACGAAGACGGUCGGUGAAGCCAGAGAUGUUGCAGAUCUUGAUUGUGGACCUGGCGAGCAUGCAGAGUGUGUUUGCGGCUUGCGAGGAGUUUCAACGAAGAUUCUCGCGCCUGGAUGCGCUGCUUUUGAAUGCCGGCAUCCUCCCCUGCUCCCAUAUCAACAUCCGCCGAGGCGUAAAGAACUUGCUCACUCGACCAUCAUAUGUCGCCAAAACCGGCGGCGAUUUCUUCUCGCAAUACCUUGGGGACGUCACCGCCGAUGGCCUGGGCACUGUCUUUGCCGCUAAUGUGUUUGGUCACUACGUGAUGGUGAAGCAGCUGCUCUCCACAUUGUCGAGAUCGCCAUCAUCGAGGGUUUUGUGGUUCAGCUCCACUACGGCGGACCCAUCUUUCUUCAACCCAGCCGAUUUCCAGUGUUUGAAGGGGGACCACCCCUACGAGUCCUCUAAGCGUCUCUGCGAACUGCUGGCGGUGCAGAUGCAUUCAGAAUUGAGGGAUAGGGGCAUAUACUCUUACGUCGUCAGUCCCGGGAACUGCUUCACGGGACUGCUGGAUCAGGGAUGGUUCAUAUCCUUUGCGUGGCUCACAGUACUCUAUUUGAUGCGGUUGAUGUACAUCUCGGGAUGCAACGUAACGCCGAAGAAUGGGGCCACGUCCGCCGUGCAUCUGGCAAGCGAAGUGCGGGAUCCGUCAGAUCUGAAGGAAAGCAUACUCUACCAUUCCGAAAUAUCGCCCUUGGGCCACAAGUCUGUUCGACAUCUGCCUUUGGAAGUGGCGGCGGACGAUUUGACAGGCAUGAAAACAGUCCGGAAGGAGCUGGACGUGAUGUACCAACGCUUUCGGGAGGAGGCGUUGCGAAACGGAAUCAUCAAAUCUUAGCAAACGUUGUCAUCCUUUGGUCAACACGCCAUCUAAUAUACCGUAGCCCCGUCGGCGUAAAAAUUCUGAUAGUUCGGCAUCUUAUCAUAUUGUAAACGC